GCGCAGGCGUACUCGUCUCUCUUCCAUCCUGCUUCCUCAGCCCUGCAGCUCGGCGGGGCUUGGGUGGGUCUCCACAGCGGCGGCACCGGCGGCGGCGAUAGUGACAGUGACUGCGUGAGUCUCGGACGGAAAUGGCGAUGGCGAUGUCGGACAGUGGGGCGACCCGCCUGCGGCGGCAGCUGGAGUCAGGGGGCUUUGAGGCGCGGCUGUACGUGAAGCAGCUCUCGCAGCAGUCGGACGGGGACCGGGACCUGCAGGAGCACCGGCAGCGCAUCCAGGCGCUGGCGGAGGAGACGGCGCAGAACCUGAAGCGCAACGUCUACCAGAACUACCGGCAGUUCAUAGAGACGGCUCGCGAGAUCUCCUACCUGGAGAGCGAGAUGUAUCAGCUCAGCCAUCUGCUGACCGAGCAGAAGAGCAGCCUGGAGAGCAUCCCGCUUACCCUGCUGCCGGCUGCCGCCGCCGCUGGCGCUGCUGCGGCCUCCGGAGGGGAGGAAGGGGGAGGUGGCGCGGGGGGCCGAGACCACCUGCGGGGCCAGACUGGCUUUUUUCCCACUCCCGGGGGUGCCUCCCGCGACAGUUCGGGCCAGGGCGAGGAAGGGAAGCAGCGCACUCUUACCACCCUGCUCGAGAAGGUGGAAGGCUGCAGGCAUCUGCUGGAGACGCCGGGGCAGUACCUGGUGUACAACGGGGACCUGGUGGAAUACGAGGCUGACCACAUGGCCCAACUGCAGCGGGUGCACGGCUUUCUCAUGAACGACUGUUUGCUGGUGGCCACCUGGCUGCCACAGCGGCGGGGGAUGUAUCGCUACAACGCCCUCUAUCCCCUGGAUGGUUUGGCCGUGGUCAAUGUCAAGGACAACCCGCCCAUGAAGGACAUGUUCAAGCUGCUAAUGUUUCCCGAGAGCCGUAUUUUUCAGGCGGAAAAUGCUAAAAUCAAACGAGAGUGGCUGGAAGUGCUGGAGGAAACCAAGAGGGCCCUCAGUGAAAAAAGACGAAGGGAGCAGGAGGAGGCCGCGGCCCCUCGAGGACCGCCCCAGGUGACUUCCAAGGCCAGUAACCCAUUUGAGGAUGAAGACGACGACGAACCAGCUAUUCCUGAGGUAGAAGAAGAGAAGGUGGAUCUCUCAAUGGAAUGGAUCCAGGAGUUGCCUGAAGACCUGGAUGUCUGUAUUGCCCAGAGGGACUUUGAAGGAGCCGUUGACCUGCUGGAUAAGUUGAACCAUUACCUGGAGGAUAAGCCCAGUCCACCUCCUGUAAAAGAACUAAGGGCCAAAGUGGAUGAGCGGGUCCGGCAGCUCACCGAGGUGCUCAUGUUUGAGCUCUCACCAGAUCGUUCCCUGAGAGGUGGUCCCAAGGCUACUCGAAGGGCAGUUUCUCAACUAAUCCGGCUUGGCCAGUGCACAAAGGCUUGUGAGCUGUUUUUGAGAAACAGGGCAGCAGCUGUGCACACUGCAAUUCGUCAGCUUCGCAUCGAAGGCGCCACCUUACUCUACAUUCAUAAGCUGUGCCAUGUCUUCUUCACCAGCCUUCUUGAGACUGCCCGGGAAUUUGAGACGGAUUUCGCAGGCACUGACAGUGGCUGCUACUCUGCCUUUGUGGUCUGGGCGAGGUCGGCCAUGGGCAUGUUCGUGGAUGCUUUUAGCAAGCAGGUGUUUGAUAGUAAGGAGAGCCUCUCUACCGCGGCUGAGUGUGUGAAAGUGGCAAAGGAGCAUUGUCAGCAACUGGGUGACAUCGGACUCGACCUCACCUUCAUCAUCCAUGCCCUUCUGGUGAAAGACAUCCAAGGAGCCUUGCACAGUUACAAAGAAAUCAUCAUCGAAGCCACUAAGCAUCGCAACUCUGAGGAGAUGUGGAGGAGGAUGAACUUGAUGACCCCAGAGGCCCUGGGCAAGCUCAAAGAGGAGAUGAAGACUUGUGGGGUCCGAAACUUUGAGCAGUACACCGGGGAUGACUGCUGGGUGAACCUGAGUUACACCGUGGUUGCCUUCACCAAACAGACCAUGGGUUUCUUGGAAGAAGCCCUGAAGCUGUAUUUCCCAGAGCUGCACAUGGUACUUUUGGAGAGCCUGGUGGAAAUCAUUUUGGUUGCCGUGCAGCAUGUGGAUUACAGCCUUCGGUGUGAGCAGGAUCCGGAGAAAAAGGCUUUUAUCAGACAGAAUGCAUCCUUUCUCUAUGAGACCGUCCUCCCUGUGGUGGAGAAAAGAUUUGAAGAAGGUGUGGGGAAACCCGCCAAGCAACUCCAGGACCUGAGGAAUGCAUCCAGACUUAUUCGUGUGAACCCUGAAAGUACAACGUCAGUGGUCUGAUGCCCAUGGCGCUGUGUCUAUGUAUGCGUAUAUAUUGCUUAUAUAUUAUUUAUAUUUAUAUUACGUUGCAUUAGCAUAUUCUUUAUAGUUUUAAACACAGCUUAAAAAUAAAAGACGCCCUCUCAAAUAGAAAUGCAGAAUCAAAAGGAAAAAGAAAAAAAAGUUAAAAUUAAGCCCAAAUAACAGAACAUUGGAAUUAUUAAAACAUACACUUUCCUUUUAAAUUAUGCUCUCUAAUGAAUAUAUUGUCACACUACAGCAUUUCAGGGUAUCCUUUUGGGUCAAAACACACUUUCUUCCAGUCUAUAUUAUGCAGUCCGGAGAAAUCGUAUCUAUAAAUAUGUAGAGUUUAAGUAUGUUGUGAGGUUUCCCAGUUCACUAAAAUGUUAGGUCCUCUUAAAGAGUACAGUGCCAUACAAAAUACCCUUCUUCAUACACUUCCCCAACUUAAAAUGUGAUCGAACAAUUUCGGGAAAAGAAAGGAACUGAGAACAUCGGUUUUAGGGUAAAUUUCGGUCAAAAGAAUUCCUUCUGCCAGUGGCUAAUUUGUGGACUCAAAUACUUGGGUCCUUAUAGAAUACAAGGGGACGCUUUCAUAAAAACAGCUCAGCAAACAUUGCCAUUGUAAUUUGAGUGGCUAAUAAUUUUCACUGCUAAUUAGCGGCUUUCUAAUACUUGAUUUGGGAGCAUUUAUAUGAAUCUUAAGGACUGUGGUAAAUUUUCUUUCCACAUAUUCCUGAACUGUGUGAAUUCCCAGCCGCAGUUUUUGUUCUUAUCAUACUAAAAAAAUUAAAAUGAUUAAAAGAAAACCACCCAAACAGGACAGACUGAGGAAGCUGGCAGCGGCCAGUGAUUUUUAGCUGCCUUCCCCCACUUUCCUGAUAAAUUAUAUAUAUAGUGGCUCAGACGGGAGAAAAGUUUUCAUUGAAAUAUUUAUUUAGAUUUCAGGGAGGAUCUAGGAUGGGAAAUCACAUGCAAACCCUACAGUGUUCUCAAGUCUGACUGCUUUGGGCAGAGAUUUGGUUUUGUUUUUUUGUAACAAAGUGGAGAACAAAAAGGCGAGACAAUGUGCCCAAAGCCAAGGGAGGAAAAGAACUUUGCUCCACUCUGGACUCCUACUAAAAUGCUACAUCCUGCCUUUUUCUUGUUUUGUGUUUUCCUUUGUUCUUAAAAGUAAAUAUAAUGCUUACUUUAGAUUGUUUAGUAAAACAAAAAUAGCUAAAGAAAUUGGAGCUUCCCAAGAUUUCUGAACUACUGCUUCUGUUGUACAUGGAUUACAUGGGAUUCCCCAUCUUUGAGAGAAAUUGUGCUAAGAUCCAUUUUUAUCUCCAGCCUCUAGUUGUGAUUCUUGUCCAAAAGUGCCAUUUCUGAUGCCUAGGACUUCCAAAGGUCAUGUCUUUUAUCUGAAUUCAAAUACUGGUAUUAAGACUGGAAAUUAUGUAAAACCUAAAAUGGCUUCCAAGAGUGGCUUAGGGUUUGUGAAGCUCCUUGACUCAGUUACUCACUGCCAGAGGAGCCCUUUUAUUUAUUUUUAGCUAUGCAUUUUAAAAGUUGAAAAUUAUCAAAGUUACAGAUUUUCUUUGAUUACUUUUUUCACAUAAAUUUAGAAUUUUCUAGAUAAUAACCAUAACUGGGUAUCUCAGCUGAGCAAAAACAGUUAUAAUUUGUCUUUUUUAAGAUCACUGGAAACUUGAAUUUGAUAACAAUGUUAUGAUUAUUUUGUGCAACUUAUGGUUUCUAAAAUUAUAUUGUAUAAAACACGUGUAAAUAUCUGAUGCUGGGUCCAUGGAAUGAUACUUCUGAAAUCAAAACUUAAGGCAUGAAGUUGUAAAAACUUAAGUGUGUGUACUCCGAUAUUUAAAUGGUUGCUUCUUCAUAGAACUGUCUGCUUUCUAAAACUGGAAGUACAGAAUUUUCUUUGGGUAAAAUUUGUGUGUUCCUUAAAGUUGUAGCUGAAGGAAGUCUGCUGGUGGUGAUUCAGUUAGUGUGGGAAGUUGAUCAAAGACCACCAGUAUCAUAAUGUCUCUUCCCUCUAAUUCUUGUUUCGUUAGACUCCAAAACAAGUCCUAAAAAUUGAAUGCAGGUAGAGUUUGUCCAAAAAUAUAGCACAUAUUGUAAUAUACCACUAUAGAGUUGAUUGCCUUUUCUUGUCUGCUUCAAACAUAACACUGUCACUCGAGCUUGGAAUCACAGACUUGAUUGAACUAAUUACUGUUGAAAAAAAGACACCCUGUGGAAUUAAGUCUCUUUUUGAUUAAAGCCUCAUUUCACUUAAAGUGCUGAACACUUAUUUUUGUUAAAAAUACUACCUAUAGUUAAAUUAUCGGCACUUGUAUUUUGCAACUUGCUUACCUAGGAUUGGGAAUUUGGGACUUGACAUGAGGUAUAAAAUCAGUAUAUGUACAUUUUGCUUAUUGAUACGCUGUGAUAGAGGGAAUCUGAAAUGUUUAUCAAAAUAAAGCUUAAAAUUUUUCUUACACUGGAUAAAA